AUGGACUUUGGAGCAUGGCUUGGGAAUAUAAUGGGGAGUUCCAGAUAUGCUGCUGAGGCCCAGGCGAGGGCGGAGGCUGAGGCGCAACAAAGAUAUCGCCGGGCACAGGAGCAUCAACGCAGGGCAGCCCCCAGCGGGUUCCCUUUUGGGCCCGACCCAUUCGAUGGUUUUGAUAUGGGUGGCUUGUUCGGUAUGGCUGAACCUCAGCAGCAACAACGACAUUCGAAUGUACCCCCUCCAGCUAGUUCUACUGCAAUACAGAGUCUGCCAAAGGUGGUCGUCACCCCAGAAGAUAUCGGUGAGGAUGCUAAGAACAAUCAAGAGUGUAGUAUAUGUCUCGAGCCACAACAUGUCGGCAAUAAGGCAACCAAGCUGCCUUGUGGACAUAUCUUUUGUUCCGGCUGUAUCGUUCCAUGGUUGCGCAAAAACUGUACAUGCCCGGUGUGUCGAUACGAGCUUCCCACUAAUGAUGCUCAGUUCGAGGCUGGUCGAAAGGAUCGAAUGAAACAGCGGAAGAUGAGGUUCCGAAAACGUGAUCUGCAGAACAUGUCUGUUCGCGGAUUGCGACAGCUCAUGAAUGAAAUAGGAGUCUCCUCGGAAGGUUGCCUCGAGAAGUCUGACAUGCUGGAUCGACUAGAAGCUUCCUCACGUGUGGAGCUCAUUCCUGAAUGCCCAUCGAGCUCCACUCAGCCACACGUAUACAGUAGAUCGCAAUUGAUGUCAAUGACUGUCCCCGAGAUUAAAGAUCUUAUGGCACGGUGUAACCUAGCCCUUCCGGAAGAAGCUGUAGAAAAGGAACAACUCCUCGGCAUGCUAGUCAGUAGUGGUCGGGUCAUCGUAAGCAGUGACGACACAACAGACGAUACGGACAUGCCCGACUCCGAUAAUAACCACGCUGGCGGUUCUGCACAGUACACGCUGGAGAGUCUGCGCUCUCUGCGUGUGAAGGAAUUGAAGGAGCUCAUAGCAUCACUCGGAGGUUCGUCGAGUGACUGUGUGGAGAAGGCAGAUCUAGUCCAGAGACUAGUCUCUCUCGGUAUAUUGCAGCAAUGAUAAACUGGCUCAUAGCAUGGCCUGAGUCGUGCUCAGUGGCUGCUGUGAUGAUUGUUAAUGAACCGCACUGAUAUGUAUAGCGUCCUCUCAUUGGAUGAAGCAUUUGCCAAAUUUACUACC